UUCAGUUACUUACAGUGACCAAUUAGAAAAAAAAAGACUUCUAGUUUCAUAGGAGUUUUGAAGGGAGUUUUUUUUUUUUGCUCAGGAGGAUUCUCUGGGCAAAAGGCAGUUGAUGAGAUGAUGACUGCCAAAACUGUGGAGAAACUCCCAGUGUCAAUAGGCAGUUUUGUACAUCAGAUACCAGACAGCAUGUAUCCUAUGGAUGAGUCGACUUUGCCAACAUCAGUUACUUUCUUUCCUAAUGUUGAUUUGGGAGGACCAUUUGACCAGAUGAGCAGUGUCACUGGAGAUGGAAUGAUCAGCGUCGAUAUGAACAGUGACAAGAGAUCCCUUGAUCUACCUUACCCCGGCAUCUACCCUUCUACACCACGCAACCAGACUUUUACCUACAUGGGCAAAUUUUCCAUUGACCCCCCGUACUCAGGGACCAGUUGGAAUCAUGAUGGUUUCUUCAACAUUGUCAGUGCUGGGAUCCUAGGAAUGACAUCUUCACCUACAACUUCUUCCAACGCUUCAUCUUUGUCCCCAAACCCUCUGUCCAACGUGAGCUGCAACAUGACCCAUAAUCAGAGUGAGGUGGACCACCACAUGUACCCAACACCACCACCACCCCCUUAUUCCAGCUGUGCUGAGAUACCAGUAUAUCAGGAUUCAUCCUUCCUCAGUACCUCCACUGGGACAUCCCUGUCCUACCCUCCCCCUUCCUAUCCAUCCCCUAAGGCAGGCUCUGAUGGUACCAUUUUCAACAUGAUCCCAGACUAUCCUACCCUCUUUCAGCCUCAGUGCCAAAGAGACCUCCACAAUAUGCCAGACCGCAAGCCCACCUUCAACUGCCAAAGGGACACUCUCAUAGUGCCACCACCACUCACCCCACUGGCUGUCAUCAGCGAGUAUAGACAAGGAGGCACCAAAUCUGAGGCUUCCAGGAUGCCAAGCGUCUACAGUCCACAGAACUUGCCACUACGACCCAUCCUCAGACCCAGGAAGUACCCCAACCGCCCCAGUAAGACCCCAGUGCACGAGAGGCCAUACCCAUGCCCGGCAGAGGGCUGUGAUAGACGCUUCUCUCGUUCUGAUGAACUAACCAGGCACAUCCGCAUCCACACCGGCCACAAACCCUUCCAGUGCCGCAUUUGCAUGCGGAACUUCAGCCGCAGCGACCACUUGACCACCCACAUACGCACUCACACCGGCGAGAAGCCCUUCGCUUGCGACUACUGCGGCAGAAAGUUCGCCAGGAGCGACGAGCGCAAGAGGCACACCAAGAUCCAUCUCCGCCAGAAGGAGAGGAAGAGCUCGGCGGGCGGCACCACGGCGACAUCUAGCGGCAGCACAGGGCACGACCGCGCUUUAAGCCUCAGCCCACCAUCUACAGGCAGUCUCUGUUCUGCGAGCUCUAACAAUGGCCAGAUGGGACUGUGCCCAACCAGGACUGCAUAACAAAAAACUCAAAAAUCCCAAAACCCCAGACUUUAUUUAAUAUUAUUUUUACUAGACAAGGUGAACAACGGAAGAUCACUGCCAGUCAAAGGCAAAAAAGCAUGAAGACAUUUUUUUUUUUUUUUUAAAUCCUGGUAUUGGCACAGGGGCAGCCAAGUUACAAAUAAGUUAUAUGUAUACCAAGUGGUUAUAUUCAUCACGUGAGUUAUAAAAGCACUAUAAAAACCCAGGUUUCUUGUCCCAAUCUGCUACUAAGCAAAAAUGACUACCACUACAUGACCCCAUAUCCCAAAAAAUCCAUUUAUAUGGUUUAUACAUAUAAAAUGUUAUGUGCAAGAAAGAAAUUGAGAAAACAAUAUAGAUCUAUCUAUCUCACACAUUUAAAUAUAUGGGUACUAGAGUUAUAGAGUGUGCAGUGCCAAUGCAUAGGUAGUGAAAUUUUACUUUAACACUUGAUAUGCCAGUUGUGCAGGGCAAUUGUGCAUGCCCAGUGAGAGUGUUAGAAAUGGUGUUAUGUAACUCUAAGACAGAAUUAUAAUUUUUCUUGCCAGGUAUACAUUUUUUUUUGUUUUUGUUAUACUGACAGUAUAUAGAUUUUCUCUUAAAUUCCUGGUUUGCUUUCAGGAAAAUAUGGGUGACAUGGUGACUUUGAUGGGUGUUUUUUGGGGGGGACACCUGCAGUAGCCAUAUAACUGUGCACUUUAUAAGCUUCAGGACUGCUCUGGGCCAGCGGUUUGAUAUGAAGAGGUACUUUUGGAAUUUUAACGCCUAUUUUGGUUUUUCGACAUUUUCUAACUAAUAAUGACUAUAUUUAACCAAUACAGUGUGACUAUCACAAGUGCUAUCUGAAGGUGCAAUUAUCAUAUUAAGCACUGAUGAGGUGGACGGAAAGUUUAUAUAUGUUUCUAUCAAUACAUGUCUAGGGGGUCUUUUCACUACCCCAAUGAACUGUUAGAAAUAGAAAAUCAAAUUUGUAAAAUAAAGCCAACAUUGCCAAGUUAGAAAAAAGGUCCAACUCAGAUAUAAUCCAAACUUGGCUAUUCUGGUUUAAAAUUGAUCAAAUUUAGGUUUAUAUUUAACACCGUGCACUGCUCAGUGAAUAAUCCCCUACAUGUAUAUUUAUAAUUACACUUUAGAUUGUCUGUAUAGUUGAUCUGCACUGUUCUCAGAGCUCACAACCUUGAAGUAGAUUUAAAAGUACAAUUUGUGUUAUGUAAUAUAAAAGCCAGAGGAGUUAAUUUAUUUAAGAAUGUACAUAGAUUCUAUAUAAUGUUAGAAAAAUCAUGCAUCAAUGUUAAUCAGUAUUCUUGGUGCCUUGUGUGAUGACAGGGUGGGGCGAGCUGUGGUCCUCUUUCUGCCAUUGAUCUGCAACUCCUACCAUCCCCAGCCAAGAUUGGUAGGAGUUGCAGUCUUACAACGGAGCAAGGGUCGCAGAUUGUGCCAACCUAAUGUAGACACUCUUCUCUUUGUCUGCAUGUAUAUACAGGUUGCCAAUGCCUUAUAAAUGAGGAAAAUGGUCCCAAGCCACAUAUAGUAUAGCUGUACAUUACUGCCAAUUCAUAUUUCACAUUGUUUAGAAUCUCUAUUUUUGUACGCACUGUUUUGUGACUCAGAAGUGAUAACUUUGUAGUACAGAUUUUAAAAGACAAUGGUUACACACAUACAAAUCAUACUGAUGGGACAAUGUUAAGAGUAUAUGUUUACUUUAUUACUACCCAGCCACUAACUGGAAUUCAAUAAUGAAAUGUACUGAAAUUUGGUCUGUAAAUAAAUAUCUUUCAAUUAUA